UCACGAUGACUCCAGAGGCAACCCCACGAUCCCCUUCCUCCCCCUACCUCGAACCAAACCUCUAUAAAUUCUCCUCCCCAUCCCCCACCAAAGCCUCUUAGCCAAAGACAAUGGAAGAGUUCCAGGAGGCUGAUAUUCUGUGGCCCGACGACAAUCUCGACGACGACGAGGAGGAGGAGGGCAUGGUCUCAAAGAAACAACCGUCCCACCAAGAACUAGCUCCAUGGAAGGAGUCGGCUCCGGUCGACAUCCCGAAGGCCAGUCGUUCAUGGGCGCCGCGCUGCACCUGCCACGACUGCGAGAUAAAUAAAGAGGAUGGAGAUGGUGAUGAUUUGGGCAACCACAGAGACCAUGAGAGGAUUCCACCCCACAUCAUCGUGGCCCGGAGAUCGGCCGACAAGAUGGCGUUCUCGGUGUGCAUCGGGCUCAAGGGCCGGCAUCUUCGCCAUGUCCGGAACUCCAUUCUCCGGAUGACCGGGUUCCUCGAAAGAUAACAAUAGCAUAAACAAGAGAAUUUUAUAUUAUAUUGACAUAUAUUUUUCCUUCCUUCUCCUAUGUAUAGGUGUUAAAGUUAAGAUUGUUUUUGUGCGUAAGGAAAUGCAACAUGAGUUUUGAAAGGGAAUUAAUUAGAGAUGGGAACCUACCGUUGUAGACUCAUUACUGUACGUCUGAUCGUGAGUGAUGGAUGAACCCUUGUAUGGUAAUUCCUUCUGGAAUUAAUACAACCUAGAAUCUCAAGCUGCUCUCUUUA